GCCUCCAUGCGGGCAUUCAACGGCCAGAUGCGCCCGCCAUAACUAAUCCAACGGCCCACGGUUACCGUCCUCAAUCCUCUUCUCCCUCCCACACGUCUCCGCAAACUGAAAAAUCUUCCCUCCUCCCCUCCGUAAAAUUUGCUUAAUCUUCAUCUUCGUCUUCUUCUGUAUACUUAAAGAUUCAUUGCGGUUUCCGCACCCCCGCCCUAAAAUGGCAACCACGAUCCACAUGACCAUAAUCCACAGGCGAAUUUCGACGUUCCAGUACAGCAAUCCUGGCCAUUUGCACGAUUACAUCUCCGUUCGCGGCCGAUGCCGAGCCUUCCCUGGAGAAUCCAGCCGUCCGCCGCCGUUUCGAGUACAGCCUAGGGUUUCGAAGAAUCAGGGCUACUUCUUGAAGAAUCACCUAAACUGGAAAUUCACUAAAAUCUAUUCCAACACUCCGCGGGAGCACGAGCCGGAUUCGACGGGUAACACUGAAUCCGGCGGGCAGGAAAGCCCUAAGAAAACAGGUGCGGGUUCGGGGUCGGGUCGGCGGGAGAAGCAGGGGAAGAAUAAUUGGUGGGGCAACAAUAACAACAAAUGGCGGUGGCAGCCGAUAAUUCAGGCGCAGGAGAUUGGCGUCCUGCUCAUACAGUUGGGAAUUGUGAUGUUCGUGAUGAGAUUGCUCCGGCCAGGGAUUCCGCUGCCGGGCGCCCAACCCAAGAGUCCUACCACGUUUGUCAGCGUACCUUACAGCGAAUUUCUGAGUAGAAUUAAUACUGAUCAAGUGCAGAAGGUGGAGGUGGAUGGGGUGCAUAUUAUGUUUAAAUUGAAGAGUGAGGCUGGAGGCUCGGAAUCCCUUGGUGAUGCGAUUAACACUAAGUUGCAGGACUCGGAUUCUUUGUUGAGGGGCGUGGCACCAACGAAGAGGGUUGUGUACACGACGACGAGGCCGGUUGAUAUCAAAACGCCUUAUGAGAAAAUGCUAGAGAAUGAUGUAGAGUUUGGGUCUCCGGAUAAGAGGACUGGAGGAUUCCUGAAUUCUGCAUUGAUAGCUUUAUUCUAUGUGGCAGUGCUUGCUGGUCUUCUUCACAGAUUCCCAGUAAGCUUCUCUCAGCAUACGCCAGGACAGCUUAGAAAUCGAAAGUCUGGAAAUUCUGGGGCAACUAAAGUUUCUGAACAAGGGGAUACUGUUAUGUUUGCUGAUGUUGCUGGUGUUGAUGAGGCAAAGGAGGAGCUUGAGGAGAUUGUGGAAUUUUUGAGGAAUCCUGAGAGGUAUAUAAAACUUGGUGCACGUCCGCCUAGAGGUGUCCUCUUGGUUGGUCUUCCAGGAACUGGUAAAACACUUUUGGCGAAAGCUGUUGCCGGAGAAGCUGAUGUUCCCUUCAUCAGCUGUUCUGCAAGUGAAUUUGUGGAACUGUAUGUUGGUAUGGGUGCUUCUCGUGUUAGAGAUCUUUUUGCACGAGCAAAGAAGGAGGCUCCAUCCAUCAUAUUCAUAGAUGAGAUAGAUGCCGUAGCUAAGAGCCGUGAUGGUAGAUUCCGCAUUGUGAGCAAUGAUGAACGUGAACAGACCUUAAACCAGCUGCUUACUGAAAUGGAUGGAUUUGAUAGUAACUCAGCUGUGAUUGUUCUUGGAGCUACUAACAGAGCAGAUGUUUUGGAUCCUGCUCUCCGCCGACCCGGUAGAUUUGAUCGAGUAGUUAUGGUGGAAACUCCUGAUCGAAUCGGAAGAGAAUCCAUUUUAGAAGUACAUGUUUCUAAGAAAGAGCUUCCACUUGGCACAGAUGUAAAUCUGGGCGACAUUGCUUCCAUGACCACUGGUUUUACUGGGGCAGAUCUGGCAAAUUUGGUUAAUGAAGCUGCAUUAUUAGCUGGAAGAAAGAGUAAACAUGUGGUGGAGAAAAUUGACUUUAUCCAAGCUGUAGAACGGUCAAUUGCUGGUAUUGAAAAGAAGACAGCUAAGCUGCAGGGCAGUGAGAGAGCUGUUGUUGCACGGCACGAAGCAGGCCAUGCAGUUGUGGGAACUGCAGUUGCAAAUCUUCUUCCUGGACAGCCUAGGGUUGAGAAGCUGAGCAUAUUGCCAAGAUCUGGAGGAGCACUAGGAUUUACUUACACACCUCCAGCUACUGAAGAUAGGUAUUUGCUCUUCAUCGAUGAGUUGCGUGGGCGCCUUGUUACCCUUCUUGGCGGGCGUGCAGCAGAAGAGUUUAUUUACUCUGGCCGUGUAUCAACAGGUGCGCUCGAUGAUAUCCGGCGAGCAACUGAUAUGGCAUACAAGGCAGUGGCUGAAUAUGGUCUUAGCGAAACCAUAGGCCCUGUCUCAUUGGCCACCCUUUCAGGGGGUGGAAUGGACGAUUCAGGGGCAUCUUCCCUUUGGGGGAGGGAGCAGGGGCAUCUUGUUGAUCUUGUUCAAAGAGAGGUUAAAAUGCUACUACAAUCUGCUCUUGAUGUAGCACUAUCAGUUGUUCGUGCUAAUCCAACUGUCUUGGAGGGCCUCGGAGCCCACCUAGAAGAAAAUGAAAAAGUUGAGGGAGAGGAACUGCAAGAAUUGUUAAGACUUGUGGUUGCUCCCGCAGAGCUCACAUUCUUUGUCCGCGGAAAACAAGGCUCUCUUCUUCCUCUACAAUCAAAUACUUGAUAAUAAAAGCCAAUCCCCAUUGUCUAGAAUGAGAAGCUGCGUGUAUCUUCUUAUCCUCUCCUGAAAAUUGCCGACUCCAAUCAUCUACACGGCUCGCGUCUGGUAAACAACAGACAGGUGUGUUGUUCUGUGUAUCCUUGUACAUAUACAUCGACGACAUUGAUAGAAUCUGUACAGACAGCUCGGAAAAGACAUCAUCAUACUGGGAAGAUACUACAGAUGAAAAAAAGAAGCGCUGAUAAUCUUUUGUCCCGACAGCGUGCAUAGCUUCUUCCGAUCUGUUGUGUGUAAGUGUACUUUUGCUGAUUGUUUGUGCCAUGGUAUGUUGUAAUAGACCGAGCUAAGGCCAUAAAGGGUAAAUUCUCUGUGUCCCGGUGUGUGUGUUGUAACUCUCUCUGUAGAGUUAAUUGCUGAUUUCUUUUGGCAUAAUAAUAUGGAGGAAGCUGUAGACUUUUUUUUU